AAAUUUAAUUAAUAAAAUUAAUCAAUAUAUUUGCUCAGUAUCCUAAUUAAUCACUAUUGUUUCAAAAGUUCUUUGAUAUUUUUUUGUAAUAAGUACAAUUCGUUAAUAAUGAUCUAUUGAAUAAAGUUGUUUUUUGUAAACAGACAGUUCCUAGAUUAAAAAGACGUCCUAUAUUGCAAGUCAAAUUUGGAUCUACCCGAUAGGGAACUAACUUAACACUUUGAAGACCCUACAAAACAUCUGCUUACAGUCUACAGACUGGUUGCAAUAUAAACAAAAAUAUAUGUAUAUAUAUAUAGUCGUUUUUUAAAUGAUUCUAGUAGCAAUUUAAUUAAUAACAAGUGUUUUAAAUGUUUAAUAUUUUAUACUCAAGGAUCACCAUGGCCAAUGAAAUUGAUGUAGACCUGAAAUUGGAAUCAACAUCUCAAGAAAAAAAUAUUCCUCACAUUGAUUUGAAAAUUCAAAUGCAAAAACUUAAAGAGCUGAAUAAUGUUAUCAAAAUAGAAAACACUCAAGCCAUUAUGGAUUAUCCGGCCAAAGACAUAAUUAAAAAAUUAAUAAAUGAUCUCUUUGAAUAUGAUACUGACUUUCUAAAAGAAUAUUACAAUGUCCUUCAAAGUAACGAUGCAGCCGCUAUAAAGGAGGUUACUAAUAAUAUACUGUCGAGCAUACAGCAAGCGAUAACACAACAGAGAAGUACGGAAAAGCCACUCAACGAGUGGGGGACGGUGCUGCUAGCAGCCUGGCUCUCGGCGGCCACGCUGUGGAGCGAGCCGCGCGUGCCCGAAGCCCCCCGAACCUUUCAGACCUUGCUCGCAGCCAUGGGCGCAUACGAGACGAAGCGCAUCGCAGAGAUGUGGUGGCGCUCGGUGCCCGUGGACGCGCUGCUGGAGCUGGCGAUGGUGGCGCGCGCGCCGCCCGCGCCCCGCGCGCUGGCCGACAUGCUGCUGCGCGCCGCGCUGCACGCGCUGGCGCCGAGCGGGCCCGCGCCGCGCUGGGCGGCGGGCGCGCUGACGGCGGCCGAGCUGGAGGAGGCGGCGGGCCGCGCCGGCGUCAGCCCGCAGCUGCUGCGCGUGGCGGCGCGCGUGCUGGCCACGGACUCCAACAAGUCGCUGCUGGCCAGCCUCGCGCGCCUGUCGCGAACCUGCGUCGCUAGCAGUCGCUGCGAGCGUUUGCAGAUCAACGUAAGCGUGUCGAAGUUCCAUAUGCUGUUCGGCGACGGUGUGACACAAACGAGAUCAAAGAGAGGCCGCAAAAGAAAGUCGUCGACAGUCUCCCAGGAGCGCCCAGGAAAACGCAAAGACGGCAAGUCCACGCCCAGUCGCGCGAGCGGCAGCGUGAGCGCGGCGCCGAGCAGCGGCCGCUCGUAGGACGCGCGGCACUCCCACCUGCCACAGACGAAGCGUUAGAGCCGAGCCGCGCACUAGCGCCCCCCCCCCCCCCCGCGACACUCACCCGGCGGCGUGCAGCGCGGCGCGCGCGGCGGGCUGCAGGUGGCUGAG